UUGGGUCGGGUUUGAUUUUGCGAGGUACACUUACUCAAAAAACUAAUAAAUGUGACAGAACCAAACUCAGCAAAUCAAAAAUCAAAUGGUAUUACCUUCAAUUUCAACAAUGUCAUUCUCUCCACUAUUUCCACCAUCUUCUUCUUCAACUUUUCACCAAAAUUACAACCUCUUUUAUCAUCAUCUUCUUCCUCCUCUUCUUCAUCAUCAAUGUCUCAAACCACUUUCUCACAGCAACACCAAUUUCACCCUAAAAUCCCACUCCCCUCGCCCGCCAUCUUCCUCUCUGUCUUCGCCGCCCGAAAGCGGCGAAGACGAGAGCGAAGUUGUGAAAGGCAUUGCCGAGGUUGUAUCCGAAGCCGGGGUGGAACCACAAAUUGUUUCGGAACAAAUCGCUUGUAAGGCGCCGCAGUAUGCUAAGAUGCUGAGGGAUAGUGUUUCGGAGCUCGACGAGCUGUCGUUGUGGGACUCUUGGAUGAAGGUGGAAAUGGCGGCGGCACCCCUCACUUUGAAGGAGAAGAUUAAGUACAUUGCUAAGGAGAAAGGUGAUAAUGGGAAAAUCCCUUAUUUGGAGAGUCUUGGGUUGAGUCUUGCUUCUGCUAUUCAUCUUGCUCGCCUUCUUUCAUCUCAGUCUCUUUCUUCUCUCAUUCAUAAGGUUUUGUAUGUCAAGGAAAUAUGUUUUUCUGGCAGUGAUGACAAAAGACAAAUUGGUAAGCGCGCCCGUCGUAUGAUGCAGUACCUUUCAAUUUCAAUAGAUGAGGAUUUGCAACAAACUUUAUCAUUCUUUGAAAAGAUUGAAGCAAGACGUGGUGGUUUGAAUAUGUUAGGAUCAUAUGACGCUUCUUUUAGGUAUCUCAUUGAGUCAUUUCCUCGCAUUCUUCUGCUAUCAGUAGAGUCGAAUAUGAAACCAAUGAUGAACUUCAUGGAGAAUGUUGGAGUUCCAAGAGAAUGCAUGGGAGAUGUUUUACUACUAUUUCCUCCACUAUUUUUUCAUGACAUUGAAGAAGAAAUUCGAGCUGGAUCGUGGACAUUUGAGAUGGUUGGAGCACUGGACAAAAAAUUAGGCAGGAUGUUGGCGAAAUAUCCUUGGAUGCUGUCAAAAAGCAUUCAGAAAAAUUAUAAUGAUAUUUUGGCUUUCUUUGAAACUGAGAAGAUACCAAAAGUGAGCAUAGAGCGAGCAAUUAGGGACUGGCCACUUCUGCUGGGCUGUUCAGCAAGCAAGCUGAAGCCAAUGAUAGAAGAAUUAGAUGACCAAGGUGUGAGAACUACAAAACUAGGUAAGGUUAUAGCUACAAGUCCUCAGCUUCUACUGCGGCGACCCGAGGAGUUUCGGAAGGUGGUUAUUUUUCUGCAAGAUAUGGGUUUUGACAAGGAGAGCAUUGGUACAAUCCUAGCUCGGUGCCCUGAAAUUUUUGCUACAAGAACUGUGGAAACUUUUCAGAAAAAGCUUGAAUUCUUGACUAGCUUGGGCAUAUCAAAAAAAGAUCUCCCUCGGGUAAUAAAAAAAUACCCUGAGUUUUUGAUAUCUGAUGUGGGUAGUACCAUCAAGCCAAGACUGAGGUACUUGAUGAACUCUGGGUUAACUGAGAGACAUAUUGCUACAAUGAUUGUACGCUUCUCUCCUCUUCUUGGGUACAGCAUUGAGGAAGUAUUGAGGCCAAAAUUGCAGUUCCUGGUCUACACCAUGGGCAAGUCAGUGAAGGACGUUGUGGAUUAUCCCAGGUAUUUCAGCUACUCAAUGGAAAAGAAAAUAAAGCCAAGGUUUCUAUUGCUAAGAAGCAGAAAUAUAAACAUUAGCCUGAAAGAUAUGUUAGCCAAGAAUGAUGAUGAGUUCACAACUGAAUUCUUGGCCAUAGAAAGAACUUUUGUGUCUGAUAGGUAGAACGGUCUAAUUUCAUGUUCUGAUAUGUACAUAUCUUAUGCGAGGUUUUUUUCAUAGUGUAGAAUUAUUAGACCUGCAGUAGUAUAGUCUGUAUAUAAACAAAAACUUUUGUAUACAUCCGAUGUACAGUAAUAUUAUUGUACAUCGAGGUAACUUUUAUUGAAUUUAAGGUUUUAAGG